UCCAAGACACUCCAGGGUUUGGUGAGUGCUGCCCAAAGAGAAUGCUCUCUGGCAGGCAGGCAGGCAGGCUGAGGCCCUCCGGAGCCCCCGGGCAAGCCAGAGCAGGAGCUGGUAGGGUUAUCCAAAUCAGGAUCAUUUCCAGCGGGAAUAGUUCUGGCCCCUGACUGGUAACAGCAGGGCAGAGAAGAGAGCAGAAGAGGAGGGAGAGUGCACAACUCCUAGCCUGGCCCCAGAGGCUCCAUGUGAGCAGACCAAGUUGGAGAAAGGCUCUCUACUUUCUUCAGCAUUCUCCUUGCUGGGAUAUCACACUUACCUUGGCAGCCAGGCUGAGAAAGAGCUCCAGGUUCCCUGCGGAAUGACAACUCUUGUUCCUGCAACCCUCUCCUUCCUUCUCCUCUGGACCCUGCCAGGGCAAGUCCUCCUCAGAGUGGCCUUGGCAAAAGAGGAAGUCAAUUCUGGGACCAAAGGGCCCCAACCUAUGUCCCCCUCUGAUUUCCUGGACAAGCUUAUGGGACGAACAUCAGGAUAUGAUGCCAGAAUUCGACCCAAUUUUAAAGGCCCACCUGUGAAUGUGACUUGCAACAUCUUCAUCAACAGUUUUGGCUCUGUCACUGAGACUACUAUGGACUACCGGGUGAAUGUCUUCUUGCGGCAACAGUGGAAUGACCCACGCCUAGCCUAUGGAGAAUAUCCUGAUGACUCUUUGGACCUUGAUCCCUCCAUGCUAGACUCUAUCUGGAAGCCAGACCUGUUCUUUGCCAAUGAGAAAGGGGCCAGUUUCCAUGAGGUGACCACAGACAACAAGUUACUGCGCAUCUUCAAGAAUGGGAAUGUGCUCUACAGCAUCAGGCUGACCCUCAUUUUGUCCUGCCCAAUGGACCUCAAGAACUUCCCCAUGGAUAUCCAGACCUGCACGAUGCAGCUGGAGAGCUUUGGCUACACCAUGAAUGACCUCGUGUUUGAGUGGCUGGAAGAUGCUCCUGCUGUCCAAGUGGCUGAGGGGCUGACUCUGCCCCAGUUUAUCUUGCGGGAUGAGAAGGAUCUAGGCUACUGUACCAAGCAUUACAACACAGGGAAAUUCACCUGCAUCGAGGUAAAGUUUCACCUGGAAAGGCAGAUGGGCUACUAUCUGAUUCAGAUGUACAUCCCCAGCCUACUCAUCGUUAUCCUGUCCUGGGUCUCCUUCUGGAUCAACAUGGAUGCCGCCCCUGCUCGCGUGGGCCUAGACAUCACCACUGUGCUCACCAUGACAACUCAGAGCUCUGGCUCCCGGGCAUCUUUGCCUAAGGUGUCCUACGUGAAGGCAAUCGACAUCUGGAUGGCUGUGUGCCUGCUCUUCGUGUUCGCUGCCCUGCUGGAGUAUGCUGCUGUCAAUUUUGUCUCCCGUCAGCAUAAGGAAUUCAUGCGACUUCGAAGAAGGCAGAGGCGCCAAUGUAUGGAGGAAGAUAUCAUCCAAGAAUGUCGCUUCUAUUUCCGUGGCUAUGGCCUAGGCCACUGCCUGCAGGCAAGGGAUGGAGGUCCAAAGGAGAGUUCUGACAUUUAUACCCCCCAACCUCCAGCCCCUCUUCUAAGGGAGGGAGAAACCAUGCAGAAACUUUACGUGGAGCAAGCCAAGAGGAUUGACACCAUCUCCCGGGCUGUCUUCCCUUUCACUUUCCUCAUCUUCAACAUCUUCUACUGGGUUGUCUAUAAAGUCCUACGGUCAGAAGAUAUCCACCAGGCACUGUGAAUAGGGUACGGCUAAGGGCUAGAAAGUCCAGCUGUUGUCUUCCUGCUUCUUCCUGUGUGAGAUUCCCCCUCCAUUAGAUUCCAUUAGGAGCUUGGAGAGUUCAUUUCUGGAACCUCAACAGCCAAUCCCAAAGCUAUGCAUGUCUACACUGCAUGGUGCCAGUGGUGGCUGUACUUAGAAAGAUGGCUUAUCUGCUCGAAUCCGGUUAUUCUCCAUGCUAUCCCAUUUCUCAUGAGAGUAAGGUUUGGCCAUAUUUCUGAGUCCAGGAUGACCUUUUUCCCUUGCUGGAGCCUGUCUGUUUUCCAAUUCUCCAGUGAAGAAUUUUCAGAUCAUUGCUACUAUAUUCUGGUAUUUAUUAUCUUAACCUGCACCAUUCUUCAUGCUGUUACCUCCCACCCAGAGCCUGGCCUUUGCUCUGUCCUCUGUCCCUCCUACCACAGGCUCAAAUAGGGAGUCUUUUUCAUCCACAGAUGCUGCCUUUUGUGACCCAGUCAUUUGUCCUUGACUAUGGGAAGAAGGCAGGGUGACAGGUUCCCUACCUCUCAGCAAGGUGGGAACAGUCAUGGGCUGCACUGAGGUAGGGUAUUGAUAUAUUACUCAACAGAGAGGUCUUCAAAUCUCCUAGGAUGUUCAACACUGUCAGAAAUGUGGUCAGGAAUCUUGGACUCUCAGAAAAUCCACCCUUCCAGAUUCAUCUGAACUUCCAGGUCUCAGAAAUAUUUGUUUUAUUCCCUAACUAGUAUGGUGGCAGGGUAUGUUUGGCUGCUCAGGAGUGUGAAAAGAGAAAAAUUCUUAGUCUUUAAGAAACUUAGUGAUGUUAGAAAACCUUCAAAAAAAAAGUGAAAUCUAAGGUAGUAGGACCUGGAAGGAGUAAAAUAUAGAAAAUAUCCUAAGAGUAUCUUUUGUUGGCUGGGCUAUCAUUUGUUUCUUUUUCUCUGAAGUCUUUUUAUUUCCCAGGAUCCCUCAUUUUCAACUUGCUCUUUAACCUUCUUUUAGUGAGCAAAUAAAAGUGCCAUUCAACUUUGUCCAGGAUAACGUGGGCUUCAAGCUUCUUGGAAAGGAACUAGGCAUAUAGAAGACCCCGAUCCUGGGCAAACAUUGACUUGGCCAACAUCAGAGUAGUAGUUGUAGAAGUUAAAGCCCCAUAAGUUGCAGUGAUUUCUUAACCCUUCUCUUGUUUUUCUUCUCCUUCCACAGUGAGUAAGGGUGGCAGUCAGUGGAAGCUACCAGAAAUGUCAGAAUAGAGAGGAUGUGAAAGAGCCCAUUUCAGGUCUGAAAUACCAAUGGGACAUGGGGAAGCAUGGGUCUGGUAUGCUGAAUCCUUUGAAAUGACACAACUAUGAAGAACUGAAAAAGGGAAGAUUAAAGUAUAGGGCUAACAGCUGGAAGAUGGGUGAUACAAUGAUCUCUUAAAUAUCUUGUCCAUUUCUCUGGACCUAGAAUAAGUACCUAUGUGAAUCUAAUCUCUCUCUCUCUCUCUCUCUCUCUCUCUCUCUCUCUCUCUCUCUCUUUCUCUCUCUCUCUCUGUUUCAUUCCUCCCAUCCCCUCCCUCCCUCUCUUCCUCAAAAUGGUGUUCCAAAUUGAAAGUCAAUAAAUCCAAUGACCAAAGCAAAUCCUAUAGUCAAAGCAAGAGCUCACCUCUUUCUUUCACUCUUUUUCCUAUUGAGCUCAUCUGCUCUUUUCUGUUCACUGAGAUACUCCUCUUGUCUGUCUCUUGGUUUUGAGGAGAGAAUUUGGGCUGACCAGGGCAGCUGGACCAGAAGUUAAUCUUACUGAUGAUAUUAAUUAUAACUCUGGUGCCAACUGGAUUCAAAACUAAAGGACUGGCUUAAGGGAGGAGAUUAAGAGGGCAGAGAGUCCCUAUUUUCCCAUUUCUUCCUAGGUAGUGCCAAUCAAUGAGAGGCCACAAGCAAUACCCCUUUGAAAGGAGCAGAGAGUAUCUCUUUGAUACUCUCCAUGGCAGGGCUGGAGUGUCAGGCUGCUGCAGCCCGAAGGCGGGGGUAGUGGGGGGUGGACUAUGGAGAUGAGCUUACUGCACAGAGCUCUACUUGUUAUAGAUCUUGUCCAGAUGGGCCAACUGCACAAAUCUGCCCUGUUGGGAGUCUCAAGAACAAUGCCCUAGAGACAGCUACAGCACUGAGCAAUAGAGCCUGCCCAACUGGGACUCAAUUCAGUGCAUCAGCUGGUGCUGGGAGCCAAAGAAACCAAAGUACCAACCAACAUAAUAGCCCAAGGGAGUUCACAAAGAUACUGAGAGGCAAUGCCAGGUGGAAGGUACUGUCUUUCCCCAUCAGAGCCCCCAAGUGGAGAAGGGAGACACAUGGUGUCAGAAUCAGGUGGAAAUGACUUUCAUUUUCCUCAUCCUUACCACACACGUAUGGAGGAGGGGUGAUAGGAAAGCUGGAUCCCACUGGAAGUAUCUGACACCUACCAAUCCAUUCAAUCAUGAAAUUGUUGAAUGUGGACGCUUUUCACCACAGUGAGUUGGCAGGAGGUGACAGAAGAGACUCACUUGAAAGUCACUUCCAUUUAUUCUCAUAGUACUCAUCCCUCCUGAGACCUACACUACUUUCUGUUUUAAAACAGCAUUUUUUCUUUUUUCUUUUUUUUAAGUAGGCUCCAUUCCCAAUGUGGGGGCUGAACUCAUGACCCUGAGAUCAAGAGUCACAUGCUCCACCAACUGAACUAGCCAGGCACUCCAAAACAGCAUAUUUUCUAAAGGGGAAAAAAACUUCCUACGUAAAUAAAGUGCUUUGCGUGUUUUCAUUAAUUCAUCGUUAAUCUUUAAUGUCAGUUGAAUAUUUCAUGCAUAUAUUUUUCCAGAGAAAAGGGAGUUAUUGUCAUGCAGUUGUUGUUAAGGCUUUCUGAUUUUCCAUUUUCCCUUCAGUUUGCUCUGCUCUUUGGAAAAUCAGGAAUCUGUCUUCCUCUUUCCCCUCAAUCCACCAGCAGGGCCUCUUGCUCUCCCAGAAUUCACAGUCAAAUCAAAAAGAACUUUUGAUGUGGAAGAAAGGUAGUGAAUACAAUCUAUUCCUUUUACGUUCUCCCAUAAGCCUUUCUCCCCACCUAUCACCAAAGAACUGACACUUAUAGUUGAAAUAUUAAGUUCACUCUUGAAGUUAUAUUCCCUUUUCACUGAGCCAUGCAAAUGUCCCAACUUUGUCCAGAACCUAUCACCUCCUGGAAAUCUGUGUACCCACUUGCCUCUCUCCCUUCUCAAUUUACUAUUCUCAAGAUUGUAAUUAUUAUUAUCUUAUUUCUGGCUGUCAAAAUCUUAAAUUUAAAUACACUCUGUUGAGAUUAAAGAUC